AUUUUUAUAUUAAGCCUCUCAUUUAUCAGACUUCCCCUCAUUUUUGCUUUUGAGCAAAUAAUGAGUCUUUCAACUAAGCAGAGUGUUAAUAGAGCUAUGAAUCCUUGGGCUCUUCAUCUUCAAAAACUGGGUCUGGAGCUUAAAUGUCCUCUCUGUUUGAAUUUGUUUAAACGGCCAUUAUUGAUGCCGUGCGACCAUCUGUUUUGCGAUACGUGCAUAGCCAGAACUGAGUUUGGCUCAGAGUGCCCUAUUUGCAAUGCCCAAUCUGCAGAUCGAGAUCUAAGGCCUGUGACCUUCAUGGAGAAUAUAGUGGGAAUCUAUAGAAGUUUGGAUGCUGCAUUUACUGCAAAUAUUUCUCCUUCGCCCGUAGCCAGUGUUGGUAAAAAUGAUAAAUUUGAUAAGUGCAUAACUCAAAGGUGUAUUGGAGAUAAAGGGUAUGAGACUCCUAACAAAGAUGGGGUUGCAUUUGAUAGUUCUGGGAAUGUUGGUUUGCAUGUUAAUCAAGUAGAUCAAACAUCUUUUGGCCCUUCUUCCUGUGGCUAUACAAAGGCUUCUGAUACUGAUAGUGAACAUUCUCUCACUAACUAUUCAGUCAAGGGAGUUGGCAAGAGAAAUUUUGAUGAUAUGACAAGUCAAAAGCAGUGCAAUUCCGCUUUAAGGAUUGACAGUCAUUUUUGGGAUUCCAAGAGUCCGAAGAGGUUGAACCAUGAACAAUUAGGAUCUCAAAUUGAACCAUCUCUUGCUGGUACAAAUCUGCCAGUGACAUCAGACAACAUGUGUGGAAACAGUGCCAUUUGUGGAUUUUGCCAGUCCUCUCGAGUCUCAGAGGCCACUGGGAUGAUGCUCCAUUAUCUCAACGGAAAACAAGUAACAGGAGAUGCAUCAUUCAGCUCAAAUGUUAUACAUGUUCACAGCUUGUGUAUUGAAUGGGCGCCCCAGGUGUAUUAUGUUGAUGAAUCUGUUAAGAAUCUUAAGGCAGAACUUGCAAGGGGUGCAAAGCUGAAGUGCAGCAAAUGUGGGCAAAAGGGGGCAGCACUUGGUUGUUAUGUGAAGUCUUGCCGCAGAAGUUAUCAUUUCCCUUGUGCAAAAGAGAUUCCAAAAUGUCGAUGGGAUCAUGAUGACUAUCUCGUGCUUUGUCCUGCCCAUUCUUCUGUUAAGUUUCCAAGUGAGAAGUCUACAAAUGCCCAUUCUUCAUCCAAGUUGUUGACUGAGAAGUCUGGAAAUUGUGUGUCUGCUAAUGAUGGCAUACCUACUGAAAGUGGCCGGCUGAAAUCUUACACUUUCUGGGGCCAGCCAGAUGAUAAAAAAAUUUGGGUUUUUUGUGGCUCUGCUUUGCCUCCUGAGGAGAAGUUCCUUUUGAUCAAGUUUGCGAACAUGAUUGGUGCAACUGUAUCCAAGUUUUGGAAGCCGGAUGUCACUCAUGUGAUUGCUUCUACAGAUGGGAAUGGUGCAUACACCAGGACACUUAAAGUUCUCAUGGCCAUUUCAAACGGGAAGUGGAUUCUUAAUAUAAAUUGGGUAAAGGAGUGCUUGAAAGCCAUGCAUCCUUUGAGUGAGGAACCUUACGAAGUUAGUCUCGAUAACCACGGGUGUUGUGAUGGCCCUAAAACUGGAAGACUCAGGGUAUUGAAUGAUCAGGCACCAAAGCUCUUUGAUGGCUUUAACUUUUAUUUUGUGGGCGAUUUCGUGUCUGGUUUCAAGGAAGAUCUUCAAAAUCUGGUUGUCACCGCGGGUGGUACUGUUUUGAUGAGAAUGGAGGAACUAAUUGAACAUAAUAACAACGGUGAUCAGACAUCUCAAGCAAAGAUGGUUGUUGUGUAUAACCUGGAUGCUCCCCAAGGAUCCGAGUUAGGAGAAGAGGUUUCAAUUAUUUGGCAGAGGGUUAGUGAAGCACAGGAUUUAGCCUCAAAAAUUAGUGGACUAGUCAUUGGUCAUACAUGGCUUUUAGAAUCAAUUGCAGCAUGUAAAUUGCAGGCUUUUGUCAAUUAGCCAAAGAUUGAAAAUUUAUCUUUUUUAGCUAGAAAAUGACCAGUAAUUUAUCAACCUUUACUUGUUUUAGAACUUGCCUUGGAGUCUUUCUGUUGUAUUUAAUUUAUACAUAUGUA